GCCAGACCAGACCGAUCAUCUAACUGUGCAUCCCAACACGCCAUCCAUCCAAUUCAGCCAGAUCAAACCUACUAAUGUGAUGGAUGGUAUCCUCUUAACAAAUCUCACUAUCCAGUAAAAGGACAAAAAGCAAUUAGAAGAAGAACAGCAAAAUGGCGCCAAACAUCCGCCCAACCCUGAGUCGCAAAGACUCCAACGCCUCCGAAGACGACUUCUUCGACAUCCCCGACGAACCGCUCCUCGCAAUCCUCAAACGCCAACUCCGCCACGUCCGCACCUGGGUUGUCUUCGCCCUCAUCCUCCUCUACCUCUUCUGGCCCAAGUCCGACCCCCCGCCUUACCAGGCCGCGCCGCGCCAGUCGCACGUCGACUACGACCUCGUCGACUGGUCCCGGUAUGGCUACACGGUGUACGCGACGUCUAGCGCCUAUAUCUGUAAUGCGCUGAUGGUGUUCGAGGCGCUGGAUCGGCUGGGGAGCCGGGCGAAGCGCGUGCUGUUCUAUCCCGAGCAGUGGGAUGUGUUCAUGGAGAGCGAUCGCGGGAGGGACGAGUCGUUGUUGGUGGCGGCGGCUGAGAGGUACGGGGUGCAGUUGGUGCCUGUUGAUGCGCAGAUGAUGCGUGGGGGUGGAGAAUCCAACGAACCAUGGGACAAAAGCAUCACGAAGCUUCUCGCGUUUGGCGAAACCGAGUUCGACCGCGUAAUCCACAUCGACACCGACGCAACCGUCCUCAACAACAUGGACGAGCUCUUCUUCCUCCCGUCCGCGAAAGUAGCUAUGCCACGCGCAUACUGGGCCCUCCCGGACACAAAACAGCUUUCCGCCCUCGUCGUGGUCAUCGAGCCCUCCUACCGCGAAUACACCGCGCUAAUGGACAACGCCGGCGCAGCAAUCUACGGCCAAGUCGGCGUCAGCGAAACCACCCGGUACGACGUGUCUCUUCUAAACGACCGGUACGCGGACUCUGCGCUGGUGCUGCCGCACCGGCAGUACGGGCUCGUGUCGAGCGAGUUCCGCCGCGAUGACCACCGGAACUUCCUGGGCAAUGAGUACGAGGACUGGGAUCCGGAGCGGGUGCUUGCUGAGGCGAAGAUCGUGCAUUUUGCGGACGCGCCGCUGCCGAAGCCGUGGAUUAUGUGGCCGCAGAAAUUACUGGUCGAGACGCUGCCGAAGUGUAAGAUUAGUCCGGGGACGGCGCAGGAGAGUGGUUGUCAGGAUCGCCAGGUGUGGAGGGAUUUGUAUAAUAGCUUUCGUCGUCGUCGUCGGGACAUCUGCCGUCUCCUCAGCUACCCAGCCCCGGAAUGGCCCCCCAAAGACAACAACCAAGACGCGGAGAAACAGCCCAUUCCCGAGAACGAGGAGCAGUUCUAGCUCGGUCUUAUGUCAGUAUGAGUGGCGUUUGGAGAUAGGGAUGAUUGUUUAUAUGUGUUUAUACAUUGAUUUCUUAUACAUUGUGAUUAUAUGUCCACCUGGCUGUGGAUUGUUUUACUCUGGUUCUAUUAUCAUUGGAUUUGUAGUAUAGUACCUGUUAUUAUGGAAUAUCAUUUUUACGUGUUUGG